AAGCUGGAUCAGUGACUGUGGUGUUGUAGUCAUCAAUGCAUACCCUGAAGAUGUGGACGGCUCUUGUCUUUCUAAUUCUUACAUUCUCAUCAGGAUCGCUUUCACAAUCCAGAACACGCUUUGCACAUUAUCGUUCAUGGAACUCACAGAUGUAUCCAGUUUGGAGGGAUGGAGAUCCUAGAUACAGAGACUGUUGGAAAGGUGGAGAGGUGACAUUUGAAGUCAGAAGUGAUUCUCCUACACUGACAGGAGCCAAAGCCACUUUCAACAUUAAUGUUCACUUCCCUCAGAACCAGACAGUCCUUCCUGAUGGACAGGUGGUGUGGGCAAGAAACUGUAAAAUUAAUGGAACAUCAUAUACUAUGGGCCAGACUGUAUACCCUGAGUCCAAUAUACCUCAAGAAUGGGCAGGUGUCUUUCCUGACAGGACACCCUUCACUAAGAUCUCCAACAAAAAGCCUCGGUUUGUCUAUGUAUGGAAAACAUGGGGAAAAUAUUGGCAGGUGGCCGAUGGUCCCUCCUCUCUACUGACAAUUGAAACAGACAAUAUGCCUCUUGGUUCUUACACCAUGGAUUUGGUGAUUUAUCACUGCCGUGGCAAAGACAAGUUUGUUCCCCUUGGUUAUGCAUCUACCCAGUUCUCCAUCACUGACCAGAUUCCUUUUACAGUAAUAUUAUCUCAGGUUGGUGACAUCAAUCAGGGUGACCAAAGCUUUAUCCAGAACAGAGCUGUGUCCUUCAGCAUUAACUUGCAUGACCCUAGCCAAUAUCUCAGUGGGUCAGACAUCACCUUCAACUGGGAUUUUGGUGACAAUAGUGGAACUCUCAUUUCUCGGGAAACCACUGUUACCCACACAUACCUUACAACUGGUUCCUUCAGGCCACAGGUGGUUUUGAUGGCAGCUAUCUCAACUAGUUGUCAGCUCAAUCCAACUCCAGCAGCCACUGGUGUACCCCCUGUUCCCGUAACAGAUGAAGCAACAGCAGUGGAAAACAUUGUGCUGACUGUUUCUCCUCAAUCGGUUGAUGUUGUUCCCUUGGCAGAGGAAGAAGUUGCACCUGAUGUCACUGUAGUUGCCAAUGACUUGGCAGUGUCAGCAACUGACGCAGAGGCAGAAUUAGAUAAUACUGCUCAGGAGGUGCCCACUGCUGCUGGAGACACUGCUGUGGCAGAAGCUGACAAUACUGCUGCAGUCAUGUUAGCCACACCUACAGCUGUUGAGGCUGAACCUGCGACAGAAGUUCCUGCAGCUGACUCGGCCCCAGAAGGAGGCGAGAUUAUAAUCAAUCUGGCGGCCACAGUUCUCCCAGAACCCCCUGCUGCUGUAGUUGAAACAACCUCUGUUCAGACACUUAUAGAAAGUGUGGCACUGACUGGUGAUGCAAUAAUCAUUAACACCCCUGAGGCAGUGGUCACAGAUGUCAUAGCAUCUGUUAUACCUGUAGCAGAAGACAUAGAAGCAGUUAAUGAAGCUGCUGCUGGAGUCAGCGAGGCAACCGAAGCCAUCAGUGGCGUAACUAGUAUACCUGAGGCAACAGUGAGUGAAUUAGAAGCUGAACUGGUGGCAGGAACUGAAGCAACCCAGGCCGCUCUAAUCAUUGCAAAGCGGCAAGCACCAGAAAUGCCGGCAGAAAAAAACUGUAUGAUUUAUCGUUAUGGCUCCUUCUCUACAACUCUUACAGUAGUCCAGGGAAUAGAGAGUGUUGAGAUUGUGGAGGUGAAUAAUGUGGUGAUUCUGGCCACAGAGCUGGAGCAGAAUGCUGUAGAUCUUACAGUCACAUGUCAGGGAAGCCUGCCCAAUCAAGUGUGCACCGUGGUAUCCGAUGCAGACUGCACAAGCCCUGUUCAGGACCUACAGUGUAAUGCGGUGACACCAACCUCUGAGUGUCAGAUGGUGCUGCGACAAUUUUUCAACAACUCGGGCACCUUCUGUAUCAACGUGUCUCUGACCAAUGAUGUCAGCUUGGCUGUAACCAGUGCAAAGCUCAGUGUGGCUAUAGACACAAAUUCAUCAAGGAACACAGCUGGAGCAACACUGGGAGUCCUUGUUUUUAUUUGUGCAUUGUGGGCCAUUGCUUUUUCAUACAAGCGGUUUAAGGAGUACCAUCCACUGAGAGAAGAUAAUACAAGCAGCAGCUCUGGAAGAAGCUCAGUGCUUUUAAUGCUGUGGAACCUUCUGAGCCGGAGAUCCACUGCAGAGAGCCGCCCGCUCCUACUUGGGCGAGUGGUGUGAAAAGCUGUCCACUUCUGCUUUGAGGCAUAUUGCAAAGUCUGUACAAUCUCUCAAUAAGAGAAUGAGGGCCUCAUUGUACUGUAAUAACAAAAAUGUUAUAUGUAAUAUGCCUCACAUUAUCUAAAUGAUGUUUUAUUGUAUGUGGCAGUUGCUGAAUAAUUACAGUGUGUUGUGUGUCGUCAUAAAAAAUUGCACAUAUUUCCUGUUAAUGGUUAGCUUUUCUUGAGUUGCAAUAAUCUGACUUAUUCCCCUUCAGUAUUUGUUACAUUCCUAAGUGUCAGUCAAGAGAUAUAGGGUUGUAAUUUUAUCAAUUAAAAAUAUAGCGCAGUGCAA